AUGGAGAAGCCUCGCGUGAACCGCCAGGCAACAGCGCGAGCUCCCGGGCUCACCUCGUCAAAAUCCCCAUUUGACCAGUUGUUACUGCUAGGCCCCUCUCUGUCUAACGUACUGACCUUCGUAAACCCUCCGCAGCCUCGACGACUGCUUGAGACGCAGCAGGAGGCUGGGGAGGCCUCAAGCGGAGGAGACUGGACUGCUCAAGGUAAUCAGUCGCAUCACGGCAGCAGCAGCUCGUUGCAUGACGUCAAGCCGUCCGCCAAGUUUGACCUGCGACUAUCAAGAUCCGCCAUUCUGGGCAAACUGGUAGAUCUGUCCAUCGACAAUGCACGCAAGACACAGGAAUACUUCGCCAAGCUGUUGAGCAAGAUCCAAUGCGAGGCUACGGGGCUCGUGCUACUGCACGACGCGACUGUCGUUAUCUUCCUUGAAACAACAGCCGAGCAGUUUGUAAUUAUUCUCAAGCAACUUGAGCAACAACGUUUCAUCGACGCUAACUCCUUAAAGAUCCUGGCCAACUGCGACGACAAUGGCGCUCGCAUUCUGCAAGGACUGUACUUUAAGAAGAUCGUCCUCAGCCGCAGUGACGCUGCUGACUGGACAGGGGAUACAGCACCGCAAUGCAUCGUCGAGACUUUUCUCAAUCUGAUCAAAUUCGUCAAGAAGAUCGGGCCGAUGCCGCCUGGGGAGAUCCGCAAGUGUCUGAACAAUCUCUCGAAUACUGACCAGACUUUCCUCCCGUCCAACGACCUCGUGCUAUGGCUACUUGGGCGAGAAGAGCUCAUGACAAUUGACGAGCAUCUAGACUUUAUCGACAGCCAUGAAACGGUCGAGCUCGAGUCCGAGCGCGUGUGGCCCGUGCACCCUCUUAUCCACUACUGA